AUGUCUCCUGAUGCCGUGUCGUUGCUAUUUCCCGAUCGGCCUAUUCGGCCCCUGCCGAAACGCCGACUUCGAGAGAGAUUGCCUCCAGAGGUUGCCAACUCGAUCAAAUAUCCCUCCUAUAUCCACGACCACAUUCCUCUGUUCUACUAUCCUUCAUACAACCCGAGAGACGAUCAUGGGGCGUCAACUCCGACAUCAACUGGGCCUGCCAUGCCACAUCACCGUGACGAUUCAAAACGCAAUUCUACGCUACGGCGGAAUGGGGCUUCCAUGACAGCGGGAAUAAACGAAGAAUUACGAGGGUCUCUAGUCCUAGGUUCCACCCCCAGAAUUCAGGGCAUGGUCAUACAGUCUUCAGUGGUGCUGGACCCGCUCCGCCAGACGAUGGAGUUCCAACUGGUACCCUCCGCUGCUUCAUCCGUGGACGGCUACGAGUCGUUCGAGAACACGAACAACAAAAAGAAACGGAAGAUUCCCACUACCGGUGACUCCUUGGCGAAUAAUGGCCUUUCCCUGAGCGGUGAUGUCGCCGCGCUCUCGACAGCGGUAAGGUCUCAGUCGCCGGCGAAGGAGAUGGACAGUAAUCGAGGACAGCUGGCUCCACCAAGCCCGGCUGGAAAUGGUUUCUAUGUGCCAAGCAGUCAGGGAUUGUCAGGGCCUGGUAGAGGGAGACUGGGACGAUCGAGAAAUGGACGCAGCCCCUUGCGAGCUUUGUCGGAUGGCAGCAACGCGUGGUCCAACCGUUCGAGAGCUACUUCAUCCCAAUGGGCGUCGACUGGCCAGACUGGGGGUGGUAUAAUAUCAAAUGCAAUCGCCACUGCUGGAAAGGAGCCGCUCCAGGGACAGGAGAACGGAAGUCUUCUGCCACAACAUGUGUCUGCGGACAGAGAAAUACCUGCUUCUUCCCAGUUUACAUUCACCUGUGAAUCGCAAACGCCCGGAGCCAUACAGUGGCCCGGUAAGUCAGAGCUCUCCCUGUUGCAGCAUUUACCGGCUGGCGUCCCCCGAAGCCCGGGUCUACAUGAGGGAAGCUCAUCGAAGCAAGUCAGUAGGCAUCCUGCUGGCUCUGCAAGGAAAAACCGCAGCCGCCUAGAAAGGGAGCUAGUUGCUGCUG